UUAUAUAUUUGGUUUACGGUGAUCAAUAUGUGAGCCGAAAACACAAAAGAACUCUUCAAAGGAAAAUUUUUAACUGGAAAAGCGGUUUUCACCAUAAAACGGUUGGUAUCGUUGUGCGAGUUGUGUCUUCUGAAAAAUGUCCAUACCUACCAAAGUGCACGACUACUCGACAUUUUUACAAUGUCCCUAUAAUGCUUCACAUCGUAUACUAGAAAGUCGUUUUCAAACUCAUCUAGUCAAAUGCAGACAACAGUACAAGGGUGAGCAGAAGGAGACUUGUGCCUUCAAUCAUACACAUAUAGUAAACAAAUCUGAGCUCGAACAUCACUUGAAAACAUGUGUAGAUAGAAAACAUUUUGAAAGAAGCAUUCAAGAACCUGAAAAACCAAUUAGUCAUCCUCCACCAGAGUUUAAGCCAUUGCCUGAUGGAGAGGAUUGGGAUGUUGAUGUUCAGGCCUACAACCCAGCAGAAUACGCAACUAAGGCACCCGUUUUGCGUUCUCUGCAAGGAGCCUCCAAAGCUGUUCGCAAGCAGUUCAGAAAUGACGAACGCAAGAGACUCCGUCAGUUGAAAUCAAACGGAUCUGAAUAAAUACUUGCGAAUAAUUCAAUAUCUUAUAUUUACUUACAUAAUAUAUAGUUUUAUAUAAUUAAAGUAAAAUGUUUUGAAAUAUAUAUUAUUUGAAAGUAAAUAAAUCGCAAGUAUAAAACGAAUGCCCAAACUGUAGUAAUUUGGAAAAAAUAAAUAAAAUAA